AAAUUAAUACGGAUUUUCCCCUUUAGAGAUGUUACUGAAAUUUGUUCUACUCGUCUUGGUCCUGAAGGGAACACACAGUCGAUUCUGUGAGGUCAGCAAUGAAGAUAUUGAGAAAAUUGGACGCAUUGUGUUUGGCGAAGCUCGAGGGGAAUCAAGCCAAGGCCAAAUAGCUGUUGCCUACACAAUUGUCAACCGCAUCAGAUCCAACCUUUAUCCAAACACACUAGAUGGCGUUAUAUCAGUCACGUAUACGUUCGGUGGUAAACGAUACCACGAAUACAACACGCUUGAUGUGCAAAGCCACACGUUAGAAUGGGAGAACGCCAAGAAAAAAUAUACCCCUGUAUACAGGAGAGCGAUAAUUGUAGCGAGAGAUGCUCUAUGUGGAAAUCGAAGCGAUCCAACAACAUGCGCCGUGGCAUAUUGUGCAACCAGCAUAAAAGACUGCUCGGCCACCAAGGAUAACGAAUACUCCAGAGUUACUAAGACAAUAACUAUUGGCAGACAUGUUUUUGUCUGCAGAGUAAAGACGAGAUAGAUCUUCAAAUCAAUUAAAGUGUAAUGCAAA